AAAAAUCGGACAAAACAUCAGCAUCACGGUUAAAAAUGGCGUUCGGACUAGCUGCGUUUUCUUACAUUGUUGCAUUAAUUAUCGACGCAUUUUUAAUAUUCUUUUCGAUAUUUCACGUCAUUGCCUUCGACGAAUUAAAAACAGAGUACAAAAAUCCAAUCGAUCAAUGCAACAGUCUAAACCCGCUUGUCGUACCAGAGUACCUCCUGCACGUUUUUUUUAACGUCCUCUUCUUGAUAGCCGGCGAAUGGUUCUCCUUAAUUUUGAACCUUCCUUUGCUCGUCUAUCACUUCCUCAGGUUUCGCAACAGGCCUGUGAUGUCUGAACUCGGUCUUUACGAUCCUACAACUAUAAUGAACGCCUCUGACUUAACGAGAUGUCAACGAGAAGGCUGGGUCAAACUGGCGUUUUAUCUUUUGUCGUUUUUUUACUACCUUUACGGAAUGAUCAGCUCCCUCAUUCAAUGAGCCAAUCUCAUUGUCAGCAAUCAUAAUCAUGGUUCCAUUUUAACAUCCAACUAACCACUAGAGAUUAAUAUUAAAUAAGUCUUACGUGCGUAUAAAUUCAGGCAAGACAUCUGUUUGAAUACAAACGAUGUAAAAUGUGUAUAAAUAUGCAGAACUCUUUGUGUUUAUAAAUAAUUAAUUGUGUAACGUGCGUAAUUUGGUGAAUGUCUGAAUCAUUUCUUUUGUACCAUUGCAUUCGUUUCCUUGAAGUUUCAUUGAUUCGUUUGACUUUUGGGUGGAGAGUGAAAAAGUUGUUAAUAAUAAGUAGGUAUUUAUUUGCGUUACUUAAUUUUAUCUUAUCACUACCUGAACCGUGCGUUUAAUUUCUUAAUUUUCCAAUCUGUUGCCACAGUUGUAGUAUUAAUAUACAAAAAAUUAGAAAAUGUUGAUUUUCAGUGAAGCUAGAAGCUAGACGAACAAAUUUUUAAGUGAGAAAUUUUAUAAAUUAUAAGUGAUGAUGUAUUAAUACCCGGUACAAUGAAAAAUCUAGGGUGUCGGCAGAUUUGUGUGUUUUGUAUUCUCACAGUAUGGUCAGUACACGUUUUAAGAAAGUGAUAUUCUAUUUUUGCAACUGCGAAAUCAGCUCUACCUCUUUAUGU